AUGGACGAACCUGAACUUUUGGAGUUCUACCACGUCCAGUUGCUAAAGGCCAUGGAGGACUUUGGGACCGGGGGGCGCCCGGAACCCACAGAUGAUUUCCCAAUGACCACCUUCCUGGCUCACUACACCUUGGCGCGCUGUGACUACAUGUGCUCCGGCUGCAUGUCCUGGGAACCCUUGGCCUCCUUGGAAACCAUGUCGCUCGGAGAGCGAGACGCAGAGGUCUCAGAGACUUACGAUGACUUAAACCUGCGCUCGUUGCAGUCCCAGAAACCUCCCGACCUGCUGAAACUUCCUAGUUUGGGUGAUAGAGCCAUGGCUGUGCCUGCAGAUGUCCAAGAGGAAAUCAAAGAGCUCCUCGACCCAGCCAACACUACUGGUGUUCAUGUGAAGCUGGAGAAGAUCCUGCUUUCUUUGGAGAAGGUGGGCUUGGCAUACAAAGCCAUGAUUUCUCCAAGAGAGAUCAUGUGUCACCCUGAGAACAGAGGGACUUCCAUGUGCAAUGCACACAAUGUGCAUUUGAAGGGCACUCAGGUGCUGCAAAGUGGCUUGAAGAAAGACUUGUUACCACCCAAUUCUUUGGGGAUUGAGCUUGCAGUUGGACCUGAUGAGAGGUCAAAGCAAUUGAGAGCCAAUCAGCAGAUGAUUGGCCAAAGCAAAGGGGUGCUUGCACCUCUCCAAGGUGGGGAGAGGUUCUUGAGUUUAGCUAGCUCCCACUUCAACCAGUUUUGCAGGGCCCUUGACCAUGGGUGCACCAAGGCAGAUGGAACACAGCUCCACAUGACACCAGAGAUCAAGGCAUUGGUGGAAUCUGGCUGGCAGUGGACAAUGUUGAAAGCAGAGGCAGCUGUGAUGUUUCCAGACUUGCCUGCUUUUUGCUCCAUGAGCAUGAAUGCACACAACAGCAACACCAUCUUGACCAAUGAGCUGGAGGCAAUGAUGGAACUUGCUGCCCUACACAGAAGUGGCAUGAGGAUGCAAGAUGCAGUUCAAGCUGUUUGCCAAAGCAGCCCUUCUUGCAAAGCAUACAUAGAUGACUGUGCACAGUUCAUGCGCCUCUACUCAGGAGGGGACACCUUCCCAAUGCUGCUCUGGUUGGACGGGUUCUGCAAAGCUUCUGGCCAUUCCCUUUUGGUUGGUGAGGAAAACACCAACUUGCUUGCCCACUACAAUUUCAGGUUGCCUGGAUGCCAGCUCAACUUCCUUCGCAUUGCCUUAUUGGCAACAAUUCUCAGCUCAAAGCGCCACCAGGAUGGAAUAUCAAAACUUGUCUUCAAAUCAGACUUUGACAAGUUGAAGGGCAAGAGCACAACCUUGGCCAUGGAAGACCUUCUUUCCCAGGGCUGGGCUUCAUGCCAGAAGGUGGCAAACAAAGCCCUGGGUGAAAUGAGCUUUGGUAAGUUUUGUGUGCGGCUUGUCCUGCAUGCAUUGCAGAAAGAGAAGUUUGAGAAGUUUAGCAGAGAUGGACUGUCCUUUGAUUCAUUCCAAGCUAUUGUAGAAGAGCUUUCUGUUGACCUUGAAGGGGGUGAACAUGUGCCAAGCUCAAGUGUUGCAGCUGUCAAAGCGACUGAUGCUGACAAAGUAAAGGAUUUGCUCAAAGCAAGCCCAGAUGAAGUAGCUAUGUUGCAGAACAGCCACAUCAGUGUUGGAAAGAACUACAUGCACAAGGACUACAAGGAGCAGGUAUUUGCAUUGGAGGGCAUCAAGGAUGGUUGUGGUGUCUUCAAGCAUGUUCCAUUGUUUGGUGAGACUCUUGAAGUUGUGGCCAGCGUGGAAGAGCUGAAGGAUUGGAAGAGCACUAAGAAAGAAAUGUGCCAGCUUUGCCCCAGAGAUGUUAUCAAGGAUCGACUUCCUGAGGCUUGCCCACUAGUUUUGGAUGAGUGGGACAAAAUGUGUGCAAGCUAUUUGUUGGCAGAGGCUUACAAAGAGAACAACAAGGCAAAUGUGGACAUGGUGGCAUUCACAAAGUUUCCCAAUGGCUUGCUUGCCUUGAGGAAGCUCAAGGUGAAAGAGCUGCAGCUUUACCCUGUGGGAACUUUGGCAAAGGUCAAGGACCAACACAAGACAGAUGACCUCUUAGCAAAGGGUGCAAUCCUGGUCAAAUUCAAGGGGGUAGCCUACCAGGUGCAAGGCUUCAAGGCCUACAACCCCAUCAAGAGUGAAGAGGCAGGAGUUGUGUGUGCAUACUUCUAUGUCAAGGCCACUGAAGAUGAGCAGGAAGCCAACCUUCAGGUCAUUUGGAAGACCUACAAAGAUCUAAUCAUUCCAGUCUUGGAGAACCCCAAGCAGGUUGCAGAGCAGACACCCCUGCUCAAGGGGAAAGAUGUUUCUGCCACACCACCUGCCAAGAAGGACCCUUCGAUGCCUGAUGAUGCUCUAGUUGCAGAUGUGACCAGACUCUUGCAGAGUCAUUUUACACAGCAGGAGCAGGAUAUGAGUGCCUUGGACUACAUGGUGCAGCUCAAGCAGGAAGCAGACUCUGGGAGUGGCCUGGAGAAGAAAGAUGAACAACCUGGUGAACCAGUGAGUGAGCAUGAGUUCACCAAUGCUCCUUGGCACAUGCCUUCCAGCACUCCUGUGCAAAGUUCUCCUCUUCCAAAAGCUCGACCAGUUGGGACCACUGAACACACAGUGCAAAAGAAGGAGGUGGCUGAAGAGAGUGAGACAGCCAACAAAUCUGUGUCGCACAACAGCAAGACCCAAGGAAUGGCAGCAACAAGUGAUGCCACACAAGGGACUGAGGAGUCCAAGAACCAGAAAGACUACACUACAGUUAGUCCAGACCAGGUGCCACUACAGCAGGAGCAGGGCAGUCAACCUUGUGGAAGUCGACCUAAAUUGAUUUCCUCUCCACAAGACAUGUGGAAGCAGCUCUAUGGUGAUGGUGGCAUACUUACCAAGCAGAACAAGAAGAUGAAGCUCAUCAUGGCAGCCAUCAAGGAGAAGGUUGAGAUGCAUGGCUGGUAUAAGAGCCGUGAACUGCAAAAGGAGCAGAGGAGGCGACCGGCGGCCAAGAAGCAAGUCUCGGCAUUGCAGGAGAAGGAGGUAGUGGGAAGUGCGGCUGACAUCACAGUGGUGAAAUGCGCGAACAAGGUGGUGGAGAGCAUCUUGCGGGGGACAUUUUCGGUGAAUGGGCAGAACCAUGGGCGACCAAUCUACAAGAAGGAUGCAGAUACGGUGACUGUGCUGCUCUACUACUGGGAUGAACGUGAUGGUCCCAAAUUUUGUGGCUGGUGGUUUGGCCCCAAGGUGGGCGGUGAACAGGUCUGGGCGUUCCAUCCCGCGUCCACCUUGACGCCGCCCAAGACUGGAUGGAGACUCCCCUGGGAUGGCCCGGUGGACAGCAGCUUUUGUAUCGAAGCCAAGGUUGCAGAGGAGAGAAAGAGAGAAGACCACAUCAAAGCGCAUCAGGACGUCCCAUCGGGCUCAGAACGGCGGAAGCGACCACUGAGCCCAACGCAGCAGCAUUCGGAGGCUCAGACUGGCAAAGAUGCUAUACAAAAGGGCGCAGUUUCAGAGGUCAAACGCAGGUCUUCCAACAGUGAUGUGGGUUCUCAAUCCAUCGGGCAGCUGGUUGGGCAGAUGGUCGACAAGGAGCUUUCCAAACUGCAAGAGGCACUUGCAAGUGAGAAGACAAUGAGGGAAGCGGCUGAAGGGAAACUGAGAGAUGCUUCGCUAUCUUUGGAAAGCAGAGAAGGUGCUUUGGCCAGCGAGCAGAGGGAGCUUGCCAAACUGCAAGAAGCACUUGCGAGCGAGAGGGCAAUGAGGAGCAGCAAAGCAAGAGACUGUCAAAGCCUAGAACGUGCUUUGGCCAGCGAACGAGAGAAGCUCCAAGCAGCUGAAGAGCAAGUUCAGGCUAAGCAGAUUCAGAUUGAUGAGCUGACUGCGUGCUUAGCAGAGCAGAAACGCAUAAAAAGCAUGGCCAGCAGUUGUGGUGCACGCUGGCAAUACAAAGAGAACGAAUGCUGGCACGCUGUACCGCCUGAAGCGAAUGAUCAGAUGCAUCAGGCCUAUUUGGCCUACCUUCGUGAUCCAAUCUCGGGCAAUCGCUGCAGGACGAUCAAUUCAGCAGGGGUCGCUCGUGAAGUUGAUUUCGAGCUGAUGCAGCAAAAGCGAGGUGACACUAACAAAGUUCGCCAGAUUCGGAUUUUGCCCGGCGUGCCAAAGCAGUGGGUCUCCACCCCUGCUAGCUUGUUGCAACAGACAGAUCAGUUAAAUCAAUUCUACAUUGAAGUGACAGAUGAUCAAAUUCUUGAGCAGGUGAUAGACAUUCUGCAAUUGACUGGCCAUGCGCAGACCACGUGGCAAGGAUGCUCGUGGCUCGAAAAUGCAGGCGUCAUAUCAGUGCACCGGAUUGAAAACUUCAGGCUUUGGCAUGGAUACAAGCAAAGAUGCGAAGCCUUGCGGAAGCAGAAUGCAAGUCACAAUGUUUCUGUUGCAGGUGCAGCCUUAGAUCUUGAUGCAUCUGAUGGCUCCACCAAGGUCAUGACAAGCAACCAGAAAGUGUUGGAUUGCGGCGAGGCCUUGGCAGCGGAUGUGGAUGAGAAGAUUCUGUUGCAUGGCACAAGUUGGGAGAAUGCAAACUCUAUCAUUCUGAACGGCUUCGACCAUCGGACUUGUUCCCGUGGCAUGUAUGGUGAUGGGGUCUACUUUGCAUCUGCGGCUUGCAAGUCCCACCACUACACUUGCAAGGAUCACAAGAUGGCCUGCGGCUGCAAGCGUGAAAGGACGUUGAUCAUUGCCCGUGUGGCACUUGGUGAUGCAUACUAUGCCAAGGAAACCAGAUACAAAGAACGGAGGCCACCCGUGAGGGAUAGCACAUCCGGGGUCACCUACGAUUCCGUUGUGGUCAAUCCCGGCCGCAUCAAGGGACACCACAACACAACACAGCUCCAUCAGGAGUUUGUCAUUUCCGACAGGGAGCAGGCAUAUCCUUGUUAUGUGGUUCAGUAUCGGUUGUGA